CUCGUCUCGCUUGAUGAAUCCUGGGAUUUUCGGUAUUUCACCUUUGGCCUUUCUCGUCCCCCUGCCUUGGAUUACCGAAAGAUGACAACAGAAAAGCAACUUUGUGCAUCCCGCUCCUAAAGCUUCUUCUUCCUGCUUUGCUUGCAUCGUUACUUGCCUCUUUCUCUCGAAUCUUUUUCUCUCUCGCUCGCUCUCUCUCCACAGAUCCCGCCCCCCUCCCCCUCCUCUACCCAUCGGCUUUGCCCAAAAGUAACAGAUACUUUUUUUUUUUGCUCUGCUUCCUCACUGGAAAAGCACCCUGCAGCUUGCGCCGGCUGUAUCUCCCCUCCAGUGCCCACUCCGAUGGGCUGUGUGUCUUCUCGCCGAGCCUCUUCUCAAUAGCCUGGGCUUCCUUCCUCUUUUCCUUCCUCAUCCGCCCUCACCUAACCUUGCCUUCUGGGAGCAGCCAAUCCGUCUUCCUCUUCUCUCCUACCUUACUCUCACUCACACUUCAACUGUCUCGCUCACUCACACCACACUGCCUCAUCAUCGUUGUAUUCGUCGGGAUUCUUCGAUACGAACGAACAUACCGGGACGACCAUCUGCAAUCAACUUCCGCACAAGCCGCCCUCUCCCGUAUUCAUCCAUCCGAGUCAAGGCAAGGUUCGGCUGCCUUCCACUGGACGCACCCAAGCAGCCCAGAAGAAAAAAAAUAGCAGGUGCUUUUUUUCCGCACUCUUGCCUGCCCGCCCUCCUUCACUAGGCCCGUUAUUGUGGUUUGGGGAAUCUGGUGCACAAGCAUAACCUUGCAUCGAGGUGUACCGACCCUCCUUACCUAAUUAACCAACAAAAAAAUAAGCCUGCGCAUUCUUUGGUUCCCCUCAGAGGGUCGCCUGCUUUAUCAAUGAAGCUCUUCGCAAAGAAAUCGUCCAAGAAGCAAGGUCAGGACGACGACGACAACCACCAAGAAUCGAGCUACUUCCCCUCUUCCGAGGCCUCUUCUCCCACAAAGUCGCCCACAAAGCCCCGGUCGCCCAUCAAGUCGCCAACAAAAUCCCCCACCAAAAAACCCUCCCAACCUGCAUCCCCAGGCCCUCGGGAGACAAAGCCGUCGCGCACAUCCCGCACCUUUGGCCGCCACCCCACCGAUCCCGGCUCACGAAGGAGCAGCAAAAUCGACCUCGAUUCUCACCCCCUCAAUCUUCCUCCUGAAGAACGUGCAAAGAGACUUUCUGCACUCUCAGCCAUGAGUGGAAACGCCAUGGACAUCGACCGUGAGUCGAGCGCGGCGCCUUCUUCGCCUCCUGCUGCUGCCGCUCCCGCUGCUGCUGCACCCCAACCCUCUGCGCAGACUUCCUUCUCCGUCCCUAAGCCAAACGGCAUCAACACCAAUGUUAACGGCAACGGCGAUGCUCCAGCCCCUCCCCCUCACAAGUCCAACCCCUCCAGUCCAGUCCCCACGACUGAGGACGAGGCCGAGGCCUACAAGGCUGCUGGCAACAAGUUCUUCAAGGAGAAGGACUACAAGAAUGCCAUUCUUCAAUACUCCAAGGCCAUCGAGUUGGUCCCCGAUUCGGCUACCUAUCUGAGCAACCGCGCUGCUGCAUACAUGUCCAACACCCAGUACGAGUACGCCCUCGAUGACUGCACCCGUGCCUCCGACCUGGACCCCGAGAACCCCAAGAUCCUCCUCCGACUUGCUCGCAUCUACACCAGCUUGGGUCAGCCCCAAGAGGCCCUGCUGGUCUUCGGCCGCAUCAACCCCCCUCCUUCCGCUAAGGACCAGGCUCCGGCCAAGGAGAUGCUGAAGCACGUCAACGCUGCGCAGAGUGCUCUUAGAGACGGCACUGCUGGAUCCAUGGUGCUCCACGCCCUCGACCAGGCCGAGCGUCAGCUUGGCUUCGGAGCCUCCAGACCCCGCAAGUGGCAGCUGAUGCGUGGUGAGGCGUACCUCAAGAUGGGUACCGUCAACGCCCUCGGCGAGGCGCAGAAUCUUGCCAUGGGCCUGCUGAGAGGCAACAGCCAGGACCCCGAGGCCCUGGUGCUCCGCGGUCGUGCCCUCUACGCUCAGGGUGAGAACGACAAGGCUGUCAGCCACUUCCGUAAGGCCAUCAGCUGCGACCCCGACAUGCGGGAUGCGGUUAAGUACCUCAGAAUCGUGCAGAAGCUCGACCGCAUGAAGGAGGAGGGUAACCAGGACUACAAGAUGGGUCGCUGGCAGUCCGCCAUUGAGAAGUACAGCGCCGCGCUCGAGGUCGAUCCCGCCAACCGUGGCACCAACUCCAAGAUUUUGCAGAACAGAGCGCUGUGCAAGAUCAAGCUCAAGGAGUACGACGCAGCCAUUGCUGACUGCGAGCGCGCCAUCAGCUUGGACUCAACAUAUCUCAAGGCUCGCAAGACCAAGGCCAACGCAUAUGGCCAGGCAGGCAAGUGGGAGGACGCCGUGAAGGAGUGGAAGAACAUCCAGGAGUUGGAUCCUGAGGACCGCAGCAUCGCCAAGGAGGUGCGCCGGGCUGAGCUGGAGCUGAAGAAGAGCCAGCGCAAGGACUACUACAAGAUCCUCGGGGUUGAGAAGGACGCGGAUGAUAACCAGAUCAAGAAGGCCUACCGCAAGCUGGCCAUCAUUCACCACCCGGACAAGAACCCCAACGACGAGCAGGCUGCUGAGCGCUUCAAGGAUAUUGGAGAAGCCUAUGAGACCCUGAGUGACUCUCAGAAGCGUGCCAGCUAUGACAGCGGCGAGGACCUGAUGGACCCGUCUGACAUGUUCAGCCACGGCGGUGGCAUGGGCGGCAUGGGAGGUAUGGGCGGCAUGCACGGCGGCAUCGACCCCGAGAUCCUCUUCAACAUGAUGGGCGGUGGCGGCGGCUUCGGCGGCGGUGGCGGCUUCAAUGGAGGCGGCUUCCCCGGCGGAGGUGGUGGUGGUGCGCACUUCAACUUUGCCGACGGUGGUGGCCGCCCUCGUGGAGGUGGCGGUGCCGGCGGCUUCGGUGGACGCGGUUUCAACUUCUCGACCUGACAAUCCGAGUCGGAGGAAGAAGCAGAAACAUCCGACGAGUCAGCAGAGUCGGGACGAAAUACGGGCGGCUCAUUCGCUGCAAAGCCGAUGAAGAGCCACACGAAGCGGCGCCAAGAAGACGGCGACCGGAUUGUGGACAAGAUUCGCCAGUAUGGAAUCUGGAUCGUGGCCGCCCUAGUCCUGGUCCCGUUCCAGCUCCUAUUGCUGGUAGCGGCAGCUAUGGGAUUCGUGUACAUUUGCAUCAUAGGGGCCCGGAAGCUGGGCAUACGGCUCCGCGGCGGGGAAUGAGUUUUGUGUUGUCUUUUUUUUUUUCGACUGCAGAUCCGGAUAGACUACAAACGCACAGAAAAGUGUCACGGGCGGCGUUUUUUACCCAGGCAUCGAUCGACCCCAAUCGUCCCUUUUUUUUCGUUUCUCUUUACCACUUUUUUGUUUUCCUUUUCAUACCUUUACAACCCUUUUUUGUAGAGACAUACCAGAGGGAGAGAGGGAAGAGGAACAGAGAAGAGAGAAGAAGAGUUCACGACCAAACAAUAUCCCUCAGAAACCAAUCCGAAUUUCAUGACCGAACCUGGGGAAAGGAUGGGUUGGAAGGCGUCUUGCAUAUCUCAUUGAAAGGGGCAUAUGAGUGACGAUGCCCCUACCCAAAAUCUUGUCGUGUUUUUUUCUUGCG